AUGGCGACGACAGCCCUUACCACGGACGCGCCCCCCGCGUCUGACAGCAGACCCUUGAAGCAAUCGGAACAGGCGGCUCCACCGCGAUCCUCCGCCGAGACGAACAUGCGUUGCCCUGACCCAUCCGCGCAUCAGCAUCCAAAGACCAGCGCAUUGCAAAACCAGGCGUCGGCAGCGGCGCUUUACUCGCACAACCACGGUAGCCCUGCCAAAGCAAACGUGUCGAAGCCCAUCAAUCCGCUCGGAGCAGACGGAAAGCUCUCGUCGGCCAGCGCUGCGACGAGCCUCAAAUACGCAAAAGUCCAAGACCUUCCCAGCUACCCCGUGGUGGGAAUUGAUACACAGUCCUCUGCCGGAGCCGCCGCAUUACUCGCCAACCAGAACAAGAAGAGCCCGGAGUGGUGGAAACCCGAACAAUCUUCCGCGGCAGGCAAGGCUGCGUUGCUCGCAAACGGUUACAAGAUGGCGCCCAUGUGGCAGCCAGAAGCAAGCGCAGCAGGCUCAAAGGCCGCGCUUCUCGCCCAUAGAGAUGGCGGAAAGCUGAACCUAUGGCAGCCUGAAGCUAGUGCUGAUGGUCAUUCUGCUGCUACCAUCGCUAUGCGCAAGGCAGCACCCAGCGCAGACGUGGAUUACGGAUAUACAGACCAGGGCAGGAAGAAUGCCUUUACUGCAGCCACCGACGCCCACUCGGCAUCAAGACGCAAGCGCGCUCAAUCAAACCCACCCACUGCGCCGCUGUAUCCAGACUCAAAGAACUCUGCAAGGAACGCAUUGGGCGCAGCAACGCUUGCCCACAGUGCAUCGACCCGGGCCAAACCUCAAGCAACUCCUGUUGACUCCAGUCGCGGCGGCUAUGGUGCUAUGGAAGCCGCACGUAUCCAGCAUGCGAAGAGCAUCUCGCGCGACAUGUACACGAGCGCUCCACCAGUUGCACUAGAGACGGAAGAGAAGAAGCAUAACGAUGCCCUUCGAGCUUCCGCCAUUUCCAUGGCCAAGAAGAUUUACGAUGUGCAGCAGCAACACAUUGAUGGCGCAUCAGGCCAGUCCAUUGCCCGUACAGGAGCGACGGCAGCCCAUAGUCAACAGCCUGCAACCGGCGAGGCCGACAUCAAGCAGCAAGCUAUGCGCUAUAUUGGGAUCCAGGAGGCUGCGCAGAAGCUCGCACAAGAAAGACUAUCCAAGAUAGGAUACGACGAGAACGCCGCUUACCGAAGCUAUUACGGCUAUGAUCAGCCGACACGCUCGAAGCUCUCUAUGCGGCGUGGACGCAACCGCGCGCACAGCGCUUCCGAGACAGCUCCGGCGCAAGAUUCGGAUUCUGACGAAGACGACUUCCGCUCAAGACGAAUUCGCACGCAGAUGGACCAAUUCAACAAACAGCUGGCUGAUGUCGAUGCAAAGAAACGCGAGAACGACCGCAAGUCCUUGCUUGCUGCAGCACAGCGCAAGGUACAAGCUCAAAUGCAGGGCAUGGAUAAGCAGAUCUAUGAUAAGACUGGCAAGAUGUCAUCCGCAAUGGUGGACGAUUGGGAUGAGAAGGCGCGACAGCGAGCCCUAGCCAACUCUGAAACCCGUAUGGAAAAUCACGGAAGAGUACACAUCGGUAACGGUAAAUGGAUGGACCAAGGAGACAUUGAUGCUAUUGCCCAAGCGAGGAUUCAGCCUACAUUGGACGAGAUCACCGAGAAGACGGAUAAGCGCCGUGCCGAGGACGAGAGACGACGUGCUGAGGAGGAAGAGCGCCGACUUGACCAGGAGCAAGAGAAGCGCCGCAUCCGAACGGAGAAAGAGCGUGCCGCCGAGAUCAAGGCAGAGGAGAAGCAGGGCAGGGACGAAGAGAAGAGGGCUGCCAAAGCGCGGGCUGCCGAAGAGAAACUAGCAGCGAAACAGGCAAAGGAAGCUGAGAAGACCAAGACUGCAGGAGAACAACGCAAAUCAAAAGAGAUCACCACGGCUGAACCUGCAGUGGUGGCCAAUGAAACUCCACGCGAUAACGAGGAUCUGUACGAAGAGGCAGAGCUCACAGAAGCUCACCCCAUACCGGAGCACGAUUCGGCCGAUCCAACCUCGCCGACGUCCCAAGGAUCCUCCAAGGGUUUCAAGUCACUCUUGAGCAAACUGAAGAGGCGUUCCAAGCAUGCUCCUGCGGCAGAGACCGAAGGUACUACCAAAGAACAAGAGCCUGGCUUCAUCGGUGGCGCGACUCUCCGAAACUCCGUCUCACAACCCCAGUCUCAAUCUCUCUCUUCAAAGAGCGCUAGCGAACCGGCUCGUGAAUCGAUAGACAGCCGCAUAUCUGGUGAGGCCGAUCGCCCAAAGGACUUGGGUCAUGUUGAGCCUUCGUAUGUUCCUCACGUUGGUGUCGUCAAGGAAGAACGCUAUUCAGACGUCUCAUCUCUGUCUGGCGAUGAAGAUGAAUUCAGCUUGGCACGUGGGAGGUCUGCAGAACGUGUUGUAAGCGGGGCCACAGCGACAUCUGCUGGCGAGAGCUUCGAGGAAGCGCGUGACCAUUUCGAUGAAGCCCUGGCACCACCCCCAGCAUUUGGCUCGGAUGCAGAGAAGGCCAGGAAGGGAAGUCCAAAUCGAGAGUCAAAGUUCCAGGAAGUGGGAUUGUAG